AUGCAGCUCACCUCCUUCCUUGUGGCUUCUCUAGCCACCCUCGUCACAGCCGCCGAGCAGUCCACCACCAGUCGCCCAUACUUCGGAGCCGGUUUCGACUGGGCUUCCAGAGUCCCCAACUACGAAAGCACUGCCGCCAGUGUCGCCGGCAUCACCUCCCACCUCACCACAUAUGAGAUCUCCUGCUUGACCGACGCCCCCAAGAGACUCUGUAACAUUGAAACUCCCUGGACUCUCAUCCAAGGCUCCACCACCUUCAGCUUCACCGGAAAGUACCUCGCCACAACCUCUCACAAGGUCGGCACCGUAACCGUCGACCGUGAAUUCGAGUGCUCCUUCACCAGCACCAGCAAGUCUGCUUCUUGCGCCUUCGAGUACGAGAUCACGGGCUCAAACAGUGGAACUACCUACUCCACUGCGACUUCGACUUCGACUUCCAGCGUCCCCACAGACUCUAUCACGUACUAUCCUUUGAAAAUCACUGCUGGCAUUUCCAAGCUCAACAGCGCCAAGACGACCUCCACCACGGGUGCUGCUAACCCCACUGCGAAGGCCAUUAUCACUGCUGCGCCCAUGGGAGCUGCUGCCGCCGCCGCUAUCGCUGCGUUGAUCUAG